AUGCCGGUGCAGCAACGGCCUUUCGGCACCACCAAGCGCCAUCAUGGCACGGCCGUAUACAGGAACAAGGCCAUAGCCACCUCGGCCGGCAGCAAAGCAGCUGCCUCGCAAGUCACGCCCCCGCCCGUCACCGACAUCAACGGCUGUCCCGUCGCCGGCCCCUCGCUCCUGCAUCCUCGCAUCGCCGUCCUCCUCGGCGUCCCUGCGCCCUGGCACUUGCCGCUCUUUGCCUGUCGGCUCCUCUCCAUCGCCCCGGCUGUCUGGUUCGCCAUUCCGCCCGUCUUGCGCCUGUUGCUGAGGCUACAGGAUGCCUUGUACGUCGGCCUGCAGCACCGGAGCCGCGGCGAGGGGGAGAUGCGACGAUAUUCUGGUCAAGUGGAGGUCCUACUGGCCAUUAUAUGGUGCAGCGCCUCUGGCUAUUUGUCCUUCUUUUUCACUGACUGUCUCAUGUCUCGCUGGCUUUUGAAUUACACACCACAGGCUACUAUAGUCCGCUUGCUAGCAGUAAAUGCUUUGAAUGGUUACUUGACCUCUUGGGUACUCUACUUGGCGGGAUCUUCACAAGAUGAUCGCUUGUUACUUCCAGCCUGGAUAGCUAUAGCAACCAUCUUGACCGCCAUUUACCACACGACACAACGCAAGAUCAACAUUCGGAAAGAGACCAACAUAUCCAUCAGCGUUUUCUCCAUCGCCAGCUUCACAAGCAUGCUUUGCUUGUUGGCUCAACUGCAUUCGGAUAGAGCUCAAAGCUACCCGGCGGUUCCUGCCAUAACCUUCAUGAGACAGGCAAGAUCCAUUAUCGAAAGGAUAAUCGAUAUGGAAGGUCGUUUGCGUGAGGGUUAUGGGUAG